CUUCAAAGUCAAAGCACUUUUUCCGAUCAAAAUGGGUAUUCCUGUUAUGAAGCGCUGCUGCUGCCUUGAGCUUAAAUGGGGAGCUCUUAUUGCCGCACUUGUGGACUGGGGCUUGGCGGGCACACUUGUUGGCAUGACCAAUUACGCCUACUUAGCCGCUGCUAUGUGGUAUGUCGCCGUCGCUGUCCACGUUGCCCAUGUAGUCGGCUGCAUUUUGGUUGUGGCUAGCGUGUUUGUGCCAAACAAGAAAUUGGUUAUGGUGUACCUAAUAACUGGCAUAAUUCGUAUACUUCUUGACAUCGCGUUUGUAAUAUAUUUAUGUAUAGAAUUUUUCGAAAAUUUGCUUGUAGCCAUAAUUAUAGGAAUCAUUGGCUUGAUUCUUGCUGUAUACUUCUGGUACGUCAUCUUCUCAUGGUUCAAGAAGCUCGGAGGUUCCGCCCCAGUAGAUAUAUAGUCUGGCACGCCUUACUCUAACGAUGACGACCUAAAAUGUGUGCUUACCUUUACUAUCUUACAGAAAACAUUUAAUUUAUUUAUUUAUCUCAUCGGUUUGAGUGGUGGAGCGAUCUACUCCUGCUUCGUACGCUAUCCACUGGAAGCAAGUCUGGGCUCAAAAUUAACAGUAUUCGAAAUAAAUUUUAAAUUAUAAAAAUUUAAA